AUGGAGGCGCCACAACUCCGCGGUGGAGGCCUCGUGGCCGGGGCGCCGACCACCCAGUCCUCGUCGGCACCAGAAGACGAUCCCUCAAUCCCGCGAAAUGCAAAGGACGAUGCGAUGGAUAUUGUCGAGGCGGCAACCAAUAGCGGGAGUGGCGCUGCGAAGGAAGCAGGUGCUGGACCCAAGGAAAUGAAACUGAAUUUUGCACAGCUCAUCGGCGUGCUUGUGGAAGCGCGGAAGCCACCGACUGCAAAGGGAAAACUACUUGGCCGUGAUGACUCCCUCCUGCAGGACUCUUACAUAGAUCCCGCACCACAGAAAGCCGAACCAUCCAUCGAUAUCGACACAGCCAACCUUCCCCCACUUCUGAAAUACUAUUCUUGGACCCGCGCGGCGCCUUUCAAAGAAGAGAAAUUCGCCCGGUGCGUGUCGGAUUCCAUCGGGAACAACUACAGCCCGGGAGCUAUGAAUCUGAGCAUAAAACAGAUGCCUUCUAUACCGCCAUUGCCUGUGAAGAGAGCUGGGGAUCGAGCGGGUGAUAGCGGAUCGGUUAAGCGACCAAAGUCUAGUAGGAGGACCGUCAGCUGCGAGUGGAACACGGGCAUAACAGAAAUACAUAGCCGUCCAUUAUCACCGAAAUCGCGGAUCUCUGCGGAAUACCCACCCAUCGAGGACAGCGGGAUCCCGCUUCAGCUUCCACCGCCCUCCUUGGACCCAUACGACCGUGACUCAGAAAACUUGUCGAAACAACUGACCGGCGAGCACCGCUAUUGGUACUAUGUGACGAAAGGCAUCCCAGCGACAGCAACGGCGCCGAUGGAGAAAUCUGUGCUGGAAGCGGUGCAGCGGGUGGUACCGCCACAGCUCCUCCAAGCCGACUCGUUGUCGAAAACCAAAGCCGGCGUGCUUAAAGAGAUCAAUGACGACUACACCCUAGCGCUGAAGCGCAGCAUCAUUGAUUAUAUCUUGCUCGACCCCACUGAACAGGAUCGACUAUGCAUCCCUCCGUUCUUGACUCGAUAUACCCCGCGGGUCGCUAGGGCGCCCGUUCCGUGGCAUGAGGAAUAUAUUGCUGCCAAGGGUUCGCUCAGCGACAACCUUUUCAUCACCAACCCGGUUAUGCUGAGCGUUCUGGAGGUGUUUGACCAAUUCAAGCACAGCAGAUUGGUCGACAUGAGCGUCUUCUCGCCGUCGAUGCUGCCGAUAUCCAUGGAAGAUUUCCAGUCCAUAUUGAAAGCGCAAUGUCAAGCCUUCCGCACCAAAAUGCUGAACGAAUGGAUCCCCACCGUCGCCAACGCCUUCUUCACCACCAAAGAACAAUGGUACACCAUCGCGACGGCCUGCACGGACUCGGACGUCGGGUUUCGCCGCUUGGACAAUUUCUUCAAAUCCGUCUGCGCGCUCAUGUCGAACCAGCUGUGGUCGCUGCUAUACGCCUCCCUGGACGAUUUUGAAAACUUCUUCACACAGUUCGCGACGGCGUCCUCCGAGGUCUCGGUGUUCAACGUCAGGCUGGUCAUCGCCGGCGCGCAGAUCCGGUUCGACCCUCCGCUGGCGGAGCUGGAAACUUUGAUCGUCUCGAUAUUGGAAGACAUGGUCGCGGCGGCGCGGGACCUCCCGCGCGUGGAGACGAAGCUGUUUACGAGUCUGACGGGCGAGUCGCUGUACCUACCCGCAAUGAGUUUGGAAGACGAUCGCAUUGCCGAAGGAAGAUAUGUGAGAAGCAUCGUAGCAAAGAACACGAUAGCGUCGCAGAAGCACUUGCUGAGUUACGACAAGUAUAAGACCUUGUUGACCACGAAAGCGGAGAAACGAAUUGAGGAUUUCUUGAGAGAGAAACACGAUUUGGACGAGUACGAAGUGGAAAUCAAGAAGCUCAAUAAGCUCAUUGAAGAGAUAUCGGCGUCCCCAUCCAUCGUUCGCUUCAGCAUGAUCUAUCUGGAGUGUGACGUCCUAAAAACGGAGCUCACGGCAAAAGCUCAGCUGCUCGUCCAAAAGCUCGUAGACCAAGUGGCUGACAUGAACAGAAAGCUAAAUCUUGGCAUAUGCGAAUCGUACGAGAAGAUAUCGGCAAAGGCCAUGAAAGCUCCCGCCGAUACAGAAGAGCUGGUGGAGCUCAUGAAAUAUGUCGACAAUGCGCGCACAAAAGACGUAGUAGCGCUGCGAGACGAGAUCACGCGGGGCAAGAAGCGGUUAGACUUCCUCCUCACCUACGCAUUGAUGAGCGAGGAGGACAUCAAGCUGAACGGGGUGACGUUCACGUGGCCGGGCCGGAUCAUCCCGAUAUUUGAGCUGAGCAAGAAGCGCAUGCUGCAGAAGAAGGGAAAAGCGCAGGAAGACCUUAAGACUAAGAUUGGGUCGACGAACGAUGAGUUGGAGGAAUGCUUUGAGGCCGUAACGAAGUUCCAAGAUUACGGCAUCAUGGCAGAGUUGCCAGAGUACCUAAAGCGUAUCAAAACUCUGGAAGCGAAGCUGAAGGACUUGGAUGAUACGGCGCGGCGGAUUAACGUGGAAGAAGAGCUGCUCGAGUGGGAUAAGACCGCGUUUGGGAAACUGCAGCAAACGGUGGAUCUGCUUGCGCCAUACAAGCAGCUAUGGGAAACGGCAUCAUCUUUCCAGACCGAGCACUCCCGAUGGAUGAACGGCGCAUUCAGGGAGCUCAACGCGGAAGCGCUGGAGGAGAGCGUGCAAUCUAUGUUUCGUAUUAUGUUCAAGCUCACAAAGACGUUCUCGGAGGCGCCCGUGCCGCGGAAGGUUGCCGAGAGCGUCAAGAACCGUCUCGACAGGUUCAAAGCUCACUUACCUCUCAUCAACGUUUUGCGGAACCCGGGCUUACGCGAGAGGCAUUGGGAAGCUAUGGGUGCCAUUGUGGGGCAGUCGAUCCGGCCAGACGAAUCGACGAGUUUGACCAAAGUUCUGGAAAUGAACCUGGAAGCUCAUUUGCCGCAAUUCGAAACAAUAUCGGACGCUGCUUCCAAGGAGUUUUCGUUGCAAAAGACACUUACGAAGAUGCGCGACGAGUGGGAACCGCUCGUUUUCAAUUGCAUCGAGUACAAAGACACUGGAACGCGGAUCCUCUCGUCGCUGGAAGAAGUGCAGGCGUUGUUGGAUGACCAGAUCGUGAAAGUACAGACGAUGCGUGGCUCUCCGUUUGUCAAGCCCAUCGAAGAGGAGGUCAAGACGUGGGAGACCACUCUCGUGACCAUUCAGGAAAUCAUCGACUCAUGGCUGAAAGUGCAAGCAACGUGGCUCUACCUUGAGCCCAUCUUCACGAGCGAAGAUAUCAUGGCCGCCAUGCCGACGGAAGGGAAGAAGUUCCGCAUAGUCGACAAAACGUGGCGCGAGAUCAUGGCCAACACUGCUGAGAAUCCGAAAAUCUUGUCGGUCGCGAAUAUCCCCGGAAUGCUCGCCCGGCUCAACGAAAGCAAUGUGCUGUUAGAGGACAUUCAGAAAGGAUUGAACGAUUAUCUGGAGAAGAAGCGGCUAUUUUUCCCUCGAUUCUUCUUCCUGUCGAACGACGAGCUUCUGGAGAUCCUGGCCGAGACAAAGGAUCCACUUCGAGUGCAGCCUCACCUGAAAAAGUGUUUCGAGGGCAUUGCAAGCCUAACGUUCCAAGAUAACACUCGCAUCAUCGCCAUGUGCUCCAGCGAGGGAGAGCGUGUGCGUUUGAAGGACGUUAUCGAACCAGCACUUGCGAAAGGCGCCGUUGAGAAAUGGCUGCUGCAGGUGGAGAAGGUCAUGCAGGCGUCGGUGCAUCAGCAAGUCAGCAACGCCUUAAAAGCAUAUCAAGAAACCCCCCGGUCCAAAUGGGUCUUGGAGUGGCCGGGUCAGGUAGUGAUCUGCGUCAGUCAAAUCUUCUGGACAAAGGAAGUCACCGAAGCGAUUCGCGAAGGCGGUGUCGCUGGUCUCAAGGCCUACAAGGAGCUCUGCACCAAGCAGCUGGAAGAGACCGUCGCACUUGUACGUGGAGACUUGAGUCCUAUGGCACGUAUGACUCUUUCAGCGUUGGUGGUCAUUGACGUGCAUGCCCGCGAUGUUGUUGGUGAGCUCGAGGGCCAGGAGGUUAGUCAGGAGAACGACUUCGGGUGGCUGUCUCAACUCCGUUACUAUUGGGAGCAUGACGAUGUGCAAGUGCGGAUGAUCAAUGCGACUUUGAAGUACGGACAUGAGUACCUCGGAAACUCACCUCGUUUAGUCAUCACGCCCCUAACCGACCGUUGUUACCGAACGCUCAUCGGUGCGCUGGAUCUGAAUCUUGGAGGUGCGCCGGAGGGACCUGCCGGAACGGGCAAGACAGAAUCGGUAAAGGACCUGGCAAAGGCUAUAGCAAAAGCCUGUGUGGUUUUCAAUUGCUCCGACGGACUCGAUUACAUUGCGAUGGGGAAAUUCUUCAAAGGAUUGGCUUCGUCAGGUGCAUGGGCUUGUUUCGACGAGUUCAACCGUAUUGAUCUGGAGGUGUUGUCCGUAGUAGCACAGCAGAUUCUCACCAUCCAGCGAGCGGUCGUCGCAAAAUUGGAGAAGUUUGUCUUUGAAGGAACAACCAUCUCGCUGAACGUGGGCUGCUCAGUUUUCAUCACUAUGAACCCCGGAUACGCUGGUCGUUCCGAGUUGCCGGACAAUUUGAAAGCUUUGUUCCGGCCUGUCGCUAUGAUGGUUCCCGAUUACGCUCUCAUUGCCGAGAUCUCCUUGUACUCGUACGGAUUCGUUGAAGCCCGGACGCUGGCGCGCAAAAUCGUCGCCACUUACAAGCUUUGCUCAGAGCAGCUUUCUUCGCAAGACCAUUAUGACUACGGUAUGAGAGCCGUGAAAGCCGUUCUCACGGCGGCAGGCAACCUCAAACUGCGUUACCCGGGCGAAAACGAGCAUAUCAUUAUGUUGAGGUCCAUCAACGAUGUGAACUUGCCCAAAUUCUUGACGCAAGACAUCCCGCUGUUCAAGGCUAUCAGUGCGGAUCUAUUCCCGCGCGUCGAGCUGCCGACCCCUGAUUACCGCCAUCUGAUGGCGGCCAUAACAGGCAAUAUGGCGAAGAUGAACCUCCAGUCUGUCGACAGUGCGUUAGAAAAGAUCAUCCAGACGUACGAGAUGAUGUGCAUUCGACAUGGAUAUAUGAUUGUUGGGCAACCAUGGUCGGGGAAGACAACCGCUUACCGAGUCUUAGCGGCCGCGCUGAACGAUAUGGCCGCGAAAGGCCUCGGUGAGAAAAAGGUGGAAUAUCGCGUCAUCAAUCCAAAAUCCAUCACAAUGGGACAGCUGUAUGGACAAUUCGACGCUGUAACCCACGAAUGGACGGAUGGGGUUCUUGCCACCACAUUCAGAGCGUUCGCUCAACAAGGCACAGCGGAGAGACGCUGGAUCAUCUUCGACGGCCCAGUCGACGCCAUUUGGAUUGAGAACAUGAACACGGUGCUUGACGAUAACAAGAAACUGUGUCUGACAAGCGGUGAAAUCAUGACCAUGUCGUCGACAAUGAGUAUGCAGUUCGAGGUGGCGGAUCUCGCGGUUGCAUCACCGGCUACUGUGUCGCGGUGCGGUAUGAUAUACAUGGAGCCCGACGCCCUCGGUUGGCGGCCGCUGAUGCUAUCGUGGCUGGCAACGCUGCCAUCGUCUAUGGGGCCAGAGCAGAAGCUGUUGCUGGAAUCUUUGUUCGAUUGGAUGGUCCCGCCAUGCUUGGAAUUCGUCCGCAAGGAAUGCAAGGAGUUUGUGUCCGUCAGCUACAUCAACUUGGCGGUCACGUUGAUGAAUCUUAUCUCGUGCCAGAUCGACGAGUUUGGAACGGAACAGAAGCCCAUCGCGGAGAUCAUCCCACCCAACAUCGCGGGACUAUGGUUGCAUUGUGUGUUCCUCUUUUCCGCUGUCUGGGCGUUGGGGGGCAGUAUCGAUGGAGAUUCUCGCAAGAAAUUCGACCUGUUCUUCCGUCAGAUCAUGGAGGGCAACGAUCAAGCGCGGCCGACGCCUCGCAACGUCAAGAUCGACAAGCCGAUCCCCUUGGGUGGAAGCAUCUACGAUUAUGUUUUCGAGAAAGACCGAAAGUUUGGUGGGGCAUGGAAGCUAUGGACGGACACUAUCGGCAAAUUUGAGAUUGCGCCGAAAAGCAAGUUCAACUCCAUCACGGUGCCGACGGUCGACACAACGCGAUACAGCUACCUGCUCGACCUCUUCGUCACGCAUGGCAAGCAGGUGCUGUUCGUCGGGCCCACAGGGACGGGAAAGACAGUAUACGUGAACAACAAGCUGCUUUCAGGCCUAGGAAAGGAGUACACUCCGGUCUUCAUCAACUUUUCGGCGCAAACGAGCGCGAAUCAGGUGCAGGAUAUCAUCUUGAGCAAACUCGACAAACGCCGACGAGGUGUCUUCGGGCCUCCCCAUGGUCAGAAGUGUGUCAUCUUCGUCGACGACCUCAACAUGCCUGCCCGCGAAAAGUAUGGCGCUCAACCCCCUAUUGAGUUGCUGCGUCAGUGGAUGGACAUUGGAACCUGGUACGAUCUCAAAGACACCUCGGCCAUGCAAUUGGUCGACAUCCAGUUCAUUGCGGCGAUGGGUCCACCGGGCGGCGGUCGCAACGCAGUCACCAGCCGGUUCCUGCGACACUUCAACACGAUUGGCAUCACGACGUUCGAGGAAGCCACUAUGAAGCAGAUCUUUGCGACCAUCGUCGAUUGGCACUUGACGAGCAACGGGUUUGCGCCUGGUGUGGCGGCGCUGAAGGACAAACUGAUCAGCUCGACGCUGGAGCUCUACAACACCGCUAUCGCCAGUUUAUUACCGACGCCUGCAAAAUCGCACUACGUUUUCAAUUUGCGAGACUUUUCAAGAGUCGUGCAGGGGCUGCUCCUCGCAACCCCCGAAAGGUUCCCGGAGCCCCCGAAGAUGAUCCGAUUGUGGUGCCACGAGGUCUAUCGAGUCUUUUACGACCGUUUAGUGGACGACGCAGACCGGUCCUGGUUCUUUACGACGGUAAAGGAUCUGACUUCCCGCCACUUCGGAUCACGAUUCGAAGAUCUGUUCCAGCAUCUUGAUGCCAACAAGGACGGGAAAGUGGAGGAUGACGAUAUGCGCUCGCUCAUGUUUGGAGAUUACACACAGCCCGACGCUGCCGUUCGUUUCUACGAGGAAGUGAUGGACGUGGCCAAAAUCUCAGACGUCAUCAAAGGCCGACUGGAUGAGUAUAACCAGAUCACCAAAGCGCCUAUGAACCUCGUCAUCUUCCGCUUCGCCAUAGAGCAUGUCUCGCGCAUCGCUCGUAUCCUGAAGCAGCCGGCGGGGCACGCGCUGCUUGUCGGCGUGGGUGGAAGCGGUCGGCAAAGCUUAACCAAGCUCGCGGCGUACAUGGCCGAAUACCAGCUCUUCCAAGUCGAGAUCUCCAAAUCGUACGGGAUGAACGAGUGGCGCGAGGAUCUCAAAAAGAUCCUCAUCACAGCAGGAGGCAAAGGUGUACCUUCCGUCUUCCUCUUCAGCGACACCCAGCUACAGCUCGAAUCUUUCCUUGAGGACAUCAACAACAUGCUCAACGCCGGAGAAGUGCCCAACAUCUUUCCGAGUGAUGAGAAAGCCGCUGUGAUCGAGCAAGUGCGCACGGUGUUAGUAAAAGAUAACCCCAAGAUGGACGCGUCGCCGGCGGCGCUGUACAGCCAAUUCAUCGCGCGGUGCAAGGAGAAUCUGCAUAUCGUGCUGUGCAUGUCGCCAAUUGGGGAUGCGUUCCGCAAUCGUUUGCGCAUGUUUCCGUCGCUGGUCAACUGCUGCACCAUCGAUUGGUUCCAGGCGUGGCCUGAGGAUGCCUUGGAAAUUGUUGCGCUCAAGUUCUUGGAGGAUGUCGAGCUGACGCCCGAGGUGCGCCCGGCCGUUGUCAAAAUGUGCAAGGCCUUCCAUACGGGGACAAGGGACCUUUCGCAGAAAUACUAUGAGGGUCUCAGGAGACACAACUACGUCACCCCGACCAGCUAUCUUGAGCUCAUCCAGACGUACAAAACGCUGCUGGAAGUCAAGCGGAAAGAAAUCAACCAGCUCAAGGGGCGAUACGUGACGGGACUCGAGCAGCUUGCAAGCGCGUCGAGCCAAGUAGGCACGAUGCAAAAGGAGCUCAACGACCUGCAACCGCAGCUGGUGCAAACGCAAAAAGAAACCGACGCGCUGCUAAUCGUAAUCGAGCGUGAGAGCGUCGAAGUCGAGAAGAAGCGAUCGGUGGUGAAAGUCGACGAGGCGGCGGCAAACCUCAAGGCCGGGGAGGCCAAAGCCAUCAAGGAUGAUUGCGAGGCUGAUCUCGCGGAGGCUAUCCCCGCGCUCGAAAGCGCUCUGGAGGCAUUGGAUACGCUGAAGCCACAGGACAUCACCGUGGUGAAGAGUAUGAAGAACCCGCCGGGAGGCGUGAAGCUGGUGAUGGAAGCUAUCUGCAUCAUGAAGGGGAUCAAGCCCGCACGUAUCAAGGACCCGGGGGGUAGCGGCAAGAUGGUGGAGGACUACUGGGGCCCGGCGCAGAAGAUGUUGAGUGACUCGCAUUUCUUGCAGUCUUUGAGGUCAUAUGAUAAGGACAACAUUGACCCAAAGAUCAUGGAAAAAAUCCGAAAGAUCUACAUCCCCAACCCCGAUUUCGAUCCUAACGUCGUCAAAAACUCGUCAGGGGCUGCUGAGGGUCUGUGCCGAUGGGUACGAGCGCUGGACAAGUACGACGUGGUGGCAAAAGUAGUCGGGCCGAAAAAAGAGGCAUUGGCCAAAGCCGAAGGGGAACUAGCGGUGGAGAUGGCCACCUUACGGCAAAAGCAAGCCGAACUCAAAGAAGUCGAGGACAAGAUGGCGGCACUAGAAAGCAAUUUCAAAGAGAUGACGCACAAAAAAGCGGACCUGGAAAGCCAGGUCGACCUCACCGGUAAGAAGCUCGUGCGUGCCGAGCAGCUCAUCAGCGGGCUGGGCGGGGAAAAGGACCGCUGGACAGAGGCAGCGCACAGCCUCUCCGCGGUGUACAGCAAUCUCACCGGGGACGUCCUCCUCGCGUCGGCCGUGAUUGCCUACCUGGGCGCCUUCACGUCCGCGUACCGGCAAAUGUGUCUCGGCGACUGGAAUGUAACCUGCGUGGCGAGCGGGAUUCCGUGCUCAACAACCUUCAGUCUCGCCACGACGCUGGGUGACCCAAUCCAGCUGCGGGCGUGGAGUUUAGCGGGUCUUCCCAACGAUGCCUUCUCAGGCGACAACGGGAUUAUCGCAGCAAAGACACGUCGCUGGCCCUUGUUCAUUGACCCGCAGGGCCAGGCGAACAAAUGGAUCAAGAACAUGGAGAAAAACAACCGGUUAGCGGUCAUCAAGCUCUCCGACAGCGACUACGUGCGGACGCUCGAGAAUGCGAUCCAGUUCGGCACGCCCGUGUUGCUCGAGAAUAUCGCGGAAGAAGUUGACUCGGUGCUGGAACCGCUGCUGACCAAACAGAUCUUCAAGCAGAGCGGAGUCAUGUGUUUGCGGCUCGGGGAGGCUGUUAUCGAGUACUCGCCCGAUUUCCGGUUUUACAUCACUACCAAGUUGCGGAACCCACACUACUUGCCCGAACUGUCGACAAAAGUCACUAUAGUCAAUUUCAUGAUUACUCCCGAAGGUCUGGAGGACCAACUGUUAGGAAUUGUGGCGGCGAAGGAGCGACCGGAGCUGGAGGAGGAGAAGAACCGGCUGGUGAUCUCCAGCGCGAACAAUAAGAAGCAGCUGAAGGAGAUUGAGGAUACCAUCUUGGCAAUUUUGAGUAACUCACAGGGCAGCUUGCUGGAGGACGAGUCGGCGAUCAACGCCCUGACGAGCUCGAAAGUGCUUUCGGAUGACAUUGCGCAGAAGCAGACUAUUGCGGAGGAGACGGAGAAACAGAUUGAUUUGACCAGGCAGGGGUAUAAGCCGAUUGCGACGCACUCGUCGGUGCUGUUCUUCGUCAUUGCCGAAUUGGCCAAUAUUGAGCCAAUGUACCAAUACUCCCUUGCCUGGUUCAUCAACAUCUUCCUCCAAUCCAUCUCCGAAUCUGAAAAAUCCGACAACCUCUCCCUCCGCCUCGACAGCCUCCGUUCCCACUUCACCUACGCUCUCUACUGCAACGUCUGCCGGUCGCUUUUCAAGCGCGAUAAGCUCCUCUUCUCCUUCCUCCUCUGCGUCGGACUGAUGCGCGGGCGGGGGGAGAUCGACACUGACGAGUGGAUGUUCUUCCUCACGGGCGGGGUCGGGAUCGAUAAGGAACUGCCUGCCAACCCGGCGGCAGAGUGGCUAAGCGAUAAGAGUUGGGCGGAUAUGGUGCGGUUGUCGGCGUUUGAGUCAUUCAAGGGGUUCAGCAACUCGGUGAGAGAGCAGGUGACGAGCUGGAAGGACAUAUACGACGCCGCGGACCCGCAUAAGGAACCGUACCCCGGUGGGUGGGACCAGCGGUUGAGCGCGUUCCAGAAACUUGUGGUGUUGAGGAUCCUGAGGCCGGAUCGUGUGGUGUUGGGGAUCAUGGAGUUUGUAAGGGGACAGAUGGGGCAGAAGUUUAUUGAACCGCCGCAGUUUGAUUUGACCGCGAGUUAUGCGGACUCGAAUCAUUGUGCGCCGUUGAUCUUUAUCUUGUCGCCCGGGGCGGAUCCGAUGGCUGGUCUCCUCAAAUUUGCCGAAGCAAAAGGCUUCAGCGGCUCAAAACUCACCGCCAUCUCCCUCGGCCAAGGCCAAGGGCCCGUCGCCGCUUCCAUGUUGCGGGCCGGCGUGCGCACCGGCACGUGGGUCGUACUCCAAAACUGCCACCUCGCAGUCUCCUGGCUCCCCACACUCGAAAAAAUGUGCGAAGAACUCGUUCCCGAAACCACCCACCAAGAUUUCCGCUUGUGGCUGACAUCCUACCCGUCGGACCGGUUCCCCGUCACAUUACUGCAGAACGGGGUCAAGAUGACCAAUGAGCCGCCUGCCGGGGUGCGCGCGAACCUGCUGAGAAGUUACACGAGCGACCCGAUUAGUGAUGAGGCGUUCUUCAAGGGUGUGAAGAAGAGCGCGGAGGGUGUGUGGGAGAAAUUGCUGUUUGGGCUGUGCUUCUUCCACGCGCUUGUGCAGGAACGGAGGAACUUUGGACCGCUUGGGUGGAAUAUCCCGUAUGAGUUCAAUGAGAGUGAUUUGAGGAUUAGUACAAGGCAGUUGCAGAAGUUCUUGAACGACUACGAGGAAACCCCCUGGAAGGCCCUUGUAUACCUUGCCGGCGAAUGUAACUACGGCGGGCGAGUCACCGACGACCGCGACCGUCGCACGCUCAUGUCCAUCCUCUCCAUCUACUACACGCCCUCGAUCCUCAACGACGACCACCGGCUCUCCACCUCCGGAAUAUACUUCGCGCCUCCAAAAGGAUCCCAUGAGUCGUAUCUCCACCACAUCAAGAGCAUGCCGAUAGCAGCGCACCCGGAGGUGUUUGGGAUGCACGAAAACGCGGACAUUGCGAAGGAUUUAGCCGAGACGAAUCUGCUGAUCGCGUCAGUGCUACUGACACAGGCGCGGAGCGGGGGUGAGGCGUCGAAGGGGGGCAAAUCGAAGGACGAGAUGUUGAGCGAGAUUGCGGGAGGAAUACUGGAUACACUGCCUCCCGAUUUCGACGUUCCUGCCGUCCAAAAGGCGUAUCCGGUGAAAUACGAGGAGAGCAUGAAUACAGUGUUGGUGCAGGAGCUUGUAAGGUUCAAUCGGUUGCUGAAGAUUGUGAGGGAGAGUCUGCAGAGCGUGAUCAAGGCGGUAAAAGGGUUGGUGGUUAUGAAUAAGGAGUUGGAGGAGGUGGCAACGAGUUUGACGUUGGGAAAGAUUCCGGAGAUGUGGGCUGGGAAGAGUUAUCCUUCAUUGAAGCCUUUGGGAGGCUAUGUGACGGACUUCCUCGCUCGGCUGAAGUUCUUCCAAGACUGGAUUGACAAAGGCACACCCACAGUGUUUUGGAUAUCCGGCUUCUUCUUUACCCAAUCCUUCCUCACCGGCACACUCCAAAACUACGCCCGCAAAUACUCCAUUCCCAUCGACCUUCUCACCAUGUGCUUCACCGUCCUCACCGACACGCUCCCCACCUCGCCCCCCGAAGACGGUGUCUACAUCCGCGGUCUCUACAUCGAAGGGGCGCGGUGGGACCGGUCCACCAACCUUUUGGGCGAGCAAUAUCCGAAACAACUCACCGACGCAAUGCCAGUGAUCCUCAUAACGCCGAUGAACCAGGACGACCCGCAGCUGCAGGCGAUGAGAGAAGGGGGGUAUGAGUGUCCCAUCUACAAGACGAGUAUGCGGAGGGGGACGUUGAGUACGACGGGGCAUUCGACGAAUUUUGUGCUUAAUAUGUUUUUGCCGACUGAUCGGCCGGCGAGGGAUUGGGUUAUCAAGGGGGUUGCGAUGGUGUCUGUGCAAUCUUUCCCCUAUUUGCAGCUACAACUGUCGGAUGCCUAA